AUGGGUAACGUUUUGAGCAGCAGUGAUUCAACACUACCAAGACAGCAGACGCCUCAACGGCAGUAUCGAUCGGGGUUUGGAGACCAACUAGACUACACUGGCGACAGACACUGCUACUUUGAAGAUGAUAUUCGGCCCAACCAGACGGAGAAAAUACCAACAACCACCAAAUGUCCCCCGCAGCCGGACAAUCCGGAAAACUCUCGAAUGCUGUUUUUACUCUACCUCAUUCAUCGCACGUGGAACGUUGUUGUGGACAGUGUCGAUCAGAGGGGGAAAAAAGCUCGGUUGGCACCUUCCUGUAAUGACUCUGGCGCACAGAUAGAUCUGUAUGAUUAUGAUUUCGACGAGGAACUCAGUCUGAGCGAUUUCGACGAUUACGAUUUUGGAUCGAAUUACUCGUUUUGCAGCUGCAGCUACUGCGGAGAGGAAGCGAAGCGGAAAAACUACGUUAACGAGCGACGGAACCGGCUGUCUUUCUGUGAAAGCGACGUAUCUUACUGCCUGUAUCAGAUGGCACCGAGUGCCGGGAACAACAACAACCCGCCAGGUGGCACCCAAAUAGGACCGACGGAUACGAACGAUGCGUCCAUGGGAUGGAACGUGAACGUUAAACAGGAAAAUCAACGGCCACCGGUCUUCAAUCCCGAGGACUACGUAGUAUCGCUCAAGAAGUAUGGUCGCCGCAGCUCGAACGGAGCCUUCAAGUCCAUCUACGACACUGUCACGCCCGAGGAGACGCCCAAAAAUGACAAAUCGAGUGACAACUUCCGUUCCCAGACAUUACCCCACAAGAACUCGGACUAUCGCUCGCCAAUCACCGCACCGGCGGCAAUGGAUUGCGAGAUGUCUUUGCGUCAGUUCGGCUCGGUGACCGAUUUGCUAACGAAGCUGCGGGCCGAUCUUCGGGUAUCGUUUCCCAGCUUCGUGCAAGAAUUCGUGUCCAGCCCGUUGGAUGGGGUGAGCCUGCUGCUGGAAGUGUUGCGAGCGGUUCAGCUCAGCCAGAGUGCCCCUCUGAACGGUACCACGACGAUGCCGCCCGGUGGCAUUCCACGGAACAAUCAAUCGUAUCAACGGCGCGCUCUGCUGGACGAGUUGGCAUGCUUACAAUGUUUAAGUAUCUGCUGCACGAGAAGUCCGGAGGCGGGCGCACGAUUGGGCACGACCGCCAUCGGACUGCUGCCGUUGGCUGCGGCGGCCACCGGCACCGGGAUACGGUCGCGCAUCGUGGCCCUGCAACUGCUGACCAUCGCCUGCGACAAGUCGGCCCUCGGGGACGGAACGCACCGGAGCCAGCUGCACGGCCAUACGGCCGUUUCGGAGGCACUCUCGACACUGCGGCUUCGCUGUGCCGAGCCGGUCCGGUUCCGGCUGCUAGUCGGAAUGCUCAACAGUGGCGGAGGCUCCGGCGAGUUGCAGGCGAUCGGGAUGCGGUUCGUGAACACGUUUCUCGAGAGCUCCGAAAACGUCCAAACGCGCCUGUACCUGCAGGCGGAGCUGUUCCAGGCCGGGCUGGACCCGUCGCAGAUGUGCAAAACCAUCUCCUCCACGUCGCCGUGGCUCGAGCGACUCCGCUCGGAGGUGAAACGGUGGGAUGCCAUACGGAUCGACAUCGAGCAGCUGCAGCUGCAGGCACGCUCGGCCGAGCAGGUCCGCAGCCGCCUGGUGAUCCUGGAGCGCCGGGUACAGAUACUGCACGAGGAGAAAACGGUCCUCACCACGAUGGAACGGCGCCUGCAGGAGCGCUGUGCCGAGCUGCAGCGUGAGGUCCUGCGCCUGAAGGGCACCAAGGGCGGAGCCAGCGCGGCCAACGCCAGCGCCAACGACAGCUCCAACAGCUCCAGCUUGGAAAAGCGCCCCGUUGCCCUGCCGCGCCAAGUGCCACCGCAGCCCAAGCGGAACAACACUUCGGAGAACGAUGACGAGGGCAUCAGCAGCUCGGAGACGGGUCAAUCGUCGUCGCCGGAGCCACCGCGCCUCUACCCGUCCAAAGAUGGUGCCUCCUCCAGUGCGGGGUCGCACAAGUUCAGCAUCUCGCUGACGCAAGAAAGUACCGUCCCGAUGCACGAAGUGGCCGGCGGCGCCGAGGACGAUGCGAACGCCACGAUCGAGGACGUCAUCGAGGAGCUGCAGAACAUCGUGAACGACGCGGAGCGGGAGAUUUCCGACCAGAACGAGGUAUUGUUCAACCAGGUGGCGGACCAUCCGGACGGGCUGUACGAGCAAACGCUGUACAGCCUGGAGAUCAACAGCGAGAACGAGAUCAUUCCGGUCAAUCUGCUGCCUCACCCGCCGCGCAAGUCGCGCUCGUUGGCCCACCUCAUCUCCAAUCCGUCCGACGGCGAAGGCUCCGGGUACGAUGGGCUGCUGAUGGCCAACGGUGAAACGAAGGUGGACUUUUUCGACGACGACGAGGAGGCAGACACUACGGCACCGCAGCAUCGGCCACCGUUCGGUGACGAGGGCCCACUGCCAAGCGGCUACUUCAGGCUGCCGGGGCCGGACGUCAUCCACGUGGCGUCCGGGGAGCAGGGGCCAGCAAUCGGUGCAGUGGCGGUGCUUCAUCAGCCUCGCGAUCGGCACCACGGCUCGAAGAACUCGAACCGGGCCAUCCUGAACGUAAUCAUGGAUGCGCGCGAUAAGGAGUCACGGAUGCUGCGGGCCCAAUCGCUGGAGCGCGAGCAGGGGGCCCCGCAGCAGUUCAAUGGUGUUUUCUUCAUGACCGACAUGAACAGCUCGGGCAAGUACCCGAAGCCCGACAUAACGGCCGCGCUCGAGGCGAAGAAAGUUACGAAGAACCUCGAUCGCAUCGGGGCGUACGGCGUUGACUCCAUGGUGGACAUUGUGAUGACGAACGAGCAGCGACUGAACAGGGCCAACGCGUACGCCAAGUCACGGAUGGCCGCGGCCACCGGGCCACCCAAUCCAGCCAUCGGAGCCGUCCCGAGCAAACUGUCCGGGAACCACAACUUCAAACUGCGCCCCAACACGGGCGUGAUCCAGGUACCUUGCUACAACCUCGGUGGCGGUGGACCGCUGCGCGAAACGAGUGCCCGUAGCCAAACCAAUACCGGCGGCUCGAAGGUGACGGAUCUCCCGUCGGGCCUGUACUGACGCGCCACCAAGAGCCGAGGACUGCCGUGUGGUCAGCGUUUUGCGAACUACUCCUAGCGUAUUACUACUGUUGUGCAAUAUUUAUUGUUUUAAAUUGUCGUAUCAACCGCUCAGAUUUUAAUUUACACGACUACAACUGGGCAACGCAAGUAGGCCCAGCUCAACUUCCGGGUUCUUCCGAGCCGGAACCGAUUAUUCGGACGGGUAACUUUCGCGUUUGCCCCAAGUUCUGUCCCAAGAUAUACACA